CCUAGACUAAUGCUAACAUGGUUUUACCCAUUUUUUCCAGCAAACUCGGUCAAAACUUGACUAAGUCAGGAUUAUCAUCCAACACAUUUGACUUAUCUUGUCUACCAAUCUUCAAGAAGUGCAGCAGAUCGAUCUCAAAUGAUUUCAAACCCGUACCCACAUUCAUCUCUAUCUUCUCCUCCCGCCCCACCUACUCCUGACCUCUGCAACAAUGGCGGCAAGUAAAGUUUCAUUCAUACUCUUUCUAACUUUCACCUUCGUCCCCUUCCUACAAUAUGCUGAAUCCACUGUGCCGCAACAAGAAGUGGAAGCUGUUGUAAGCAUUCUUGCUGCCAUGAAUGCAACAAGUUGGAGGUUUAAUGGCGACAAUUGCAAUCUCGACACCGUUUCCGAAGUCCCAAAGCUAUCUCAAGACGCUAAUGCUAGCAUCGGAUGCAAUUGCAACACUGAAAACGAUACAGAUUGUCAUGUCGUAACGAUCACGCACAGGUUUUAUAGUCUUGAUGGCGUACUUUCACCUUUACUAGCAAACCUUCCUUUCCUCCGGUCCUUUGAUGUUGCGUACAAUUACUUACAAGGCACGAUUCCACCUGAAUGGGGUUUAACACAGUUACAAGAAAUUUCGCUUCUUGGCAACCGCUUAACCGGAGAAAUCCCACCAGAACUUGGAAACAUAACCAGUCUCAAAAGACUGAACCUUGAAGCAAACAGAUUUUCGGGAACCAUUCCACCAGAUUUAGGGAGAUUAACCAAUUUGCAAUCUUUGAUCUUGUCCUCAAAUCAGUUGACCGGGAGGCUGCCGAUUACGCUUGGUCAACUAGUAAAUCUAACAAAUUUUAGGAUAAACGAAAACAACUUCAGCGGAUCGAUACCUGAUUUUAUACAGAAUUGGAGACUACUUUAUAGAUUAGAAAUUGUGGCGAGUGCACUCACGGGACCUAUUCCUUCAAACAUAUCUCUUCUUGAGAGCCUAACUGAUCUGAGAAUUAGUGACAUAACCGGACCAUCUCAGCAGUUUCCUCCACUUACCAAUGCCGUGGGAUUAAUAAGAUUGAUCUUGAGAAAUUGCAAUAUUUCUGGAGAAUUACCAGAUUAUAUUUGGCAAGUGAGAGAACUCGAAUUGUUGGAUACAAGUUUUAACAAUUUAGUAGGGAGGAUAUCUAGCAACUUCCUCAGGACAAACAUAAGUUUAAUCGAGGAUUUACCGAGGGAUCAGCUACGGAUCUGGCAACUAUUUAACGAUGCAUCACUAUUCCUCGCUAAUCACUCGAAAAAUGAAGGCCCUUAGCUAGGGUUCAGCGAGGGAUAACAAAAUUGUGGCAUAUGUACGCGUGCAGCGAGAGAACGACGACAGAAAAUUUAUUUGGGGUGCGCACGUUUUCUUUUUUCUCUCGCUGAAAUUGGCACCCAGUUCCAUCUUCACGAAGCCAGUGAAACUUUCCUUCCCUCCAGCUUUAUCACUCUUUACUAAGUGUAAUUAGCUUCUGCUUUAUCUCAUCACCAUCUCUGUUCGAACAGAUGACGACGCCACUCACCCGAUUCCGGCAAGCUCCAUAUCUUUAAAUCUGAAAGUAUUCUUCGUUAACCUCC